AUUGAAUAAUGUUAUAUGUCAUCUUUCAUUUUGGGCUUCUUUUCUCCUGACCCUUUGUCAAUUCUAAAGUUGUUAGUCCACUUCAAUGUUCUUUUUACGCAUAUAUUUGUCCUGAAUCCAAAGUACUUUGCAGGAGGAGUUUUCAAGUUGGAGCUAUUUUUACCCGAAGAAUAUCCUAUGGCUGCUCCCAAGGUUCGAUUUCUCACAAAGAUUUAUCACCCGAAUAUUGAUAAGCUUGGGAGGAUAUGCCUUGAUAUUCUGAAAGACAAAUGGAGUCCAGCUCUACAGAUACGAACUGUACUUUUGAGUAUUCAAGCUCUUCUGAGUGCUCCAAACCCAGAUGAUCCACUUUCCGAGAACAUUGCCAAACAUUGGAAAUCGAAUGAGGCCGAAGCUGUUGAAACAGGUGAGUUGGUCUAAACCAUUGCUUUUGUUAAACCUUUUGCUUAACUAACCUUUUUGAUCCUGAGUUUAAGCUUUGUUUCAGUUUGGUUCUUGUGUUUUUAAAAGCUCUAUAUCUUUAGCUUUUGAUUAAAUCUGGUUUAAGAAGUGUUAUCAUGAGAUGAUUGUUGAUUCUGUCGGUGGAGAGGGACCGAGU